GAACAGAAAGACUCCUAGAGCAGCUGGAAGGAAAUAGAUAAUAGCUCCUCAAACAUAGCUCAUAUCAUUGGCGCCUAGCAACAUGAACGAUCCGAACAAAGUGAUAAAUGUUAAUCUCUCGUCGCUGCUAAGUUUAAAGGCGGAAUUGUUAAGGAAGCAAGCUGAAGUAACCAAAGCCAAGAAUCAAACUGCCACCACAACCACGACAUCUUCGCCUGCCGCUAGCGGUCAGGAAUAUGUGUCCAUUAAGAGCCAGAGACCAUUACCCGACAACCUGGAUGGCGACAUAACUACAUCCCACAAAAGAAAGGAUAAAAAGAAACGUGCCAAAGAGUUGGAAAAAUCCGAAGAAAAGGCUGUGUAUGAACAUGAAGAUAGCUUGCUUUUGGAAAAGUCACAAAAGAUUUUAGAGGCCAAGGCGAAAUUCUAUGAACGUAUGACAAAAUCAGGUGGUAAAUUGAAUUCCGAUGACAAUUGUUUGGUCAUGUUCAAUAAAAAGAAACAGGAGGAGGAUGUUAGCGGCGAAGGAGGCAAUAAUUCAAAGACAUACUCAUCGGAUGAGAGUGAUGAUAGCAGUGUGGACGAUGAUUACAGUGACCAUAACGAUGAUCCGGAAGAUGAUUGGGUCGAAUAUACCGAUUGUCUGGGUAGAACACGGAAAUGUUUGAAACGAGAUUUGGAAGAUGCCAAAAGGAGAGACAAGGAACUGGCUGCCAGUAUGCCAGAACGUUUAGAUCAAACUAAGGCCAACUGGCUUAUCGAUACCCUGGGUUCCAAAAAAUCGACUAGCCUUAACGGCGACAAGGCGGAAGAUGAUGAUGAAAUUAUAGGACCAUUGCCACCUGCCUCUGUCUUUGGCGAUGGCCUAUCAAUGAUGUCCAAGCAUGAAGAACAAAAAGCCAACUGGGAGCGCAAAGAACAAGAAAAUCUAGAGAAAACCGAUGUCCAUUAUCAGGAUGUGUUCUUUGAUGAGGCUCGACAACAUGGUGUGGGUUAUUAUGCAUUCUCAACGGAUGAAGAGGAACGUAAGAAACAACAAAAAGAAUUACUUAAGGCCAGGGAGAAAACUUUGCAGGAACAAGAACGUAGAGAACAAUUGCGAGCCCAAAGGGAGAAAAUAAUUGCGGAACGGGUAUUGGCUGCCAAGAAUAGACAAAGGGCUAGAUUGGGACUGCCACCAUUGGAAAAGGAAGAAGUGGAAGAAAAGUCCCCCGAAGAAGAGAAAGUCGAAGAAACCAAGGAAGAACGUAAGGCACGUAAAAAGGCAGAGAAAUUGGAAAGGAAACGACAAAGAGAGGAAGAGGAAAGAGAGAAGGAACGCCAGCAACAUAUACGUCCUUGGGAUGAGGAAAAAGAUGGUGUUAAAACACAUAGAGUACAAGCUGGAAAAAAUGGCGAUGAUGAUGAAGACGGCGAGUGGCAAUAUAAACCUGAACGUGAACCCAUGACACAAGAGCAAUGGAAUGAAUACAAGCGUAAAGAAAGACCAGCAGAGUUCGCCCCGCCCACUGAAAGGCCUAUGAAGCGUACCAAUUUCCGUAGCAAUACGACGCAGGCAAAUUAUACAAAUGUACCACCUCCCGCAAUGGAAACAUUUGAUGAACCACCACAGCCCUCUAGGUUUAAUACCUUUCAAAGUUCCAAAAGGAAAGAGAAAGUUUUUAAACGUCGUAAUUAUGACGAACAACAACAGCACCAGCAACAGAAUGAUGACUACGAUGAUUCCAAUGCCCGGCAGAAUGGUGUUUGUAUACCUCCGCCCUCAAAUUUGGAAGAUUUCUUUUUACCCUCCCAUGCCAAGAAACCAAAAACCGCCAAAGAAGUUGAAAAAUCCAUUGAGGCGGGUUUGCGAUUCAUACGUGAGAGCUGUGACAAACAAAUGCCCGCCACCAAAUCCUCAUGGACCGCCAAGGCUGAUUAUUGAACUGAGCCAUAUAUGUUUGUUAAGUUUAAUAUUAUAUUUAUGUUUUAUUGGCUAUAUAAACAAAUUGCUUAUUGUCUGUAUAAAGAAUGUUGAUUUAUAUAGUAGUAUUUUUUAAGUUAGUUAUAGUUUAUGACAUACAGUUAUUUGUAUGUUUUAUUUAAGUUUUCAAUUGCUUAAGUUGUUUUUGUCAAACUGUUUGGAAAAUUACGGGUUUCGUUUAUAUUUUUUGUCAAG